AUCUUCUAAUUCUCGAUACUUGCACUGUAACAAAACCACUUCCCUCCUCUCUCUCUCGGAGAAGCUAAGCGGAGAAAAGAUGCAGGCGAUUACGAGACGGUUAGGGCAGCAAUCUCUGAGGCCAACUCCUUCUAUCUAUUCUAUCGAGUCUAUUUACCCUCUCUUCCAUCACUAUUAUGGAGGUGAUCAUCCGCGCUACGGAUCUACGCUGGCCGCCCACAAGGGCUUGGGUCACCUUGUUCGCAAGGGCACCGGUGGCCGGUCCUCCGUUAGUGGAAUUAUAGCUACUGUAUUUGGAGCUACUGGAUUCCUUGGUCGUUAUGUUGUGCAACAGCUUGCUAAAAUGGGAUCUCAGGUGUUAGUUCCUUUCCGGGGCUCUGAGGAUAACCCUCGUCAUCUCAAGUUGAUGGGAGAUUUGGGACAGAUAGUGCCAAUGAAAUAUGAUCCAAGGGAUGAAAAUUCGAUUAAGGCUGUGAUGGCAAAGGCUAAUGUUGUUAUCAAUCUUAUUGGAAGAGAAUAUGAGACAAGAAACUAUAGCUUUGAGGAAGUGAACCAUUUCAUGGCAGAACAACUGGCAGUGAUUGCCAGAGAACAUGGUGGUAUCAUGAGAUUUUUUCAAGUUUCUUGCUUAGGGUCCUCUCCAUCAUCUGCAUCAAGAUUUCUAAGGGCGAAGGCUGCUGCAGAGGAAGCUGUUUUAAGAGAACUUCCUGAAGCUACUGUCAUAAAACCUGCUGUAAUGAUUGGUACUGAGGAUCGGAUCAUGAAUCGAUGGGCGCAAUUUGUAAAGAAAUAUGGUUUUCUUCCACUCAUUGGUGAUGGAUCUACAAAUAUCCAGCCUGUAUAUGUUGUUGAUGUUGCUUCUGCGAUUGUUGCGGCCUUAAAAGAUGAUGGCACCAGUAUGGGAAAAGCUUAUGAGUUGGGUGGGCCAGAGAUCUUUACCGUGCAUGAGCUGGCUGAGCUUAUGCAUGAUAUGAUCCGUGAGUGGCCCCACUAUGUAAAAGUACCUUUACCCAUUGCAAAGGCAAUUGCAAUGCCCAGAGAGGUAUUACUCAAGAAAGUGCCAUUUCCACUACCAAAUCCUGACAUCUUUAAUCUUGAUCAGAUACAUGCAUUUGCAACUGAUACCAUUGUCUCAGAAAAUGCUUUAACUUUUACGGAUUUGGGUAUUGUGCCUCAUAAGUUGAAGGGAUACCCAGUUGAGUAUCUUAUCCAAUACCGUAAGGGUGGUCCACAAUUUGGGUCUACAGUCAGCGAAAAAGUUAAUCCAGAAUAUUGGCCUUAAUUUUAUUUUGAUCUCUCAUUCCCUGAUGUGUUUUUUGUCUGAGAAUGCCACCGAUUUGGAAAAGCCUAUACUGGUAUGUUAUGCUUUCAUUUCCUUAAGACGAGAAUGACCAAAAGUGCAUAAUUCUAGUGUCCUUUUUGUCAAGAUGAAGUAUGCGAGUCUCUGAGUAGCAAGAUUUAAUAAAUUUCGGAUACUGUUUUGGUGGUAUGGGGUUGGCUAAUUAGUGGCAUCAUAGGUUUUAAGAGAGGGGCUUGUUUUCGAUGGCAGAAACUAGGAAAGAAUAAUAAAGGGGAAGGAACCUUGAGUUAUUUCAGGAAUGUAUAAUUGUGAGAAAUAUUCAGCUCAUUUGUAAUUUUCUUAAAGAAGAUAAUUCUUGGGAGGUAUCUCCUGUUAAAAGAAACCAUUUUCUUUGUUUGUGUGGCA